AUGGGUAUCGUCGGUCUUAUUGCGAGCCAUGUCCUCCCUCCCUCGGAGAACUCUCGUCGUUACAACACCAACUCUAGCAGUGGCUGCUGCAACCAUCGCAUCCAGCCAGCCUACCUUGUCCAGCCCCAGCAACAACCCAUGGCCCCAAACAUGGACUACGCAUACAUGACAACAGGACGCUCUUCGUGUCACCAGCGCAAGAUGGAACGUCGCUACCAGAGAAAGAUGCAACGUGUUGAGCGGGACAUGCUCCGCGUCGAACAGAGAGCGGAGCGAGAUCUGCAGCGUGCCGAGAGACGGGAGGCCGGAGUCAUGCUUGUUAAGUCGGGCAUGCAAAAGAUGGGCAUCGCCAAGGGGUCUUCUGGAAAUGUUAAUGUACACGAGACGAGAGAGGCUGGGGGAUCCUUUGAGAUGAGGGAUAUGUCUUCUGGUGUGAGGGAUACACGUCACGACAACGUCUUUGAGCUGGAUGCCGUGAACCAGCGGCACACUGAACGGGACGCACCACCCGCGUACCAGGAGGUUGAAAAGAGGUGA